GAAAGCCCACGUUACGGGCGGCUGCGUCUACGACAAGAAACUCAUCAAUGAUAGACGCUAGUGACGCGGGCACGGGUAACACAUCUCAUGAAUGUACCACGUGCGGCAAAUAUUUCUCAAGUAACAGCCACUUACGACGACAUGAAGCGUCCCAUACCCGCAGUCGUCUAAAUACUUGCAAUUUCUGCAGUCGCACAUUUGUCCGCCAUGACGUCCUUAGAAGGCACUCAAAGUCAUGCCAAAAACGAGGCGCAAGCGAUGCAAUAGCCUCCGCAAAACCAGGACGACGAAGUCGACCCAGAAACACCGAAAGCCAUUCUGAGCCGUGUCGCGCUCUUGAAACCACUUCUAGCCACUUGGAUUGUGACAUCACGACUGGGGCAUCAGACGUGCAAAGUCUUUCCGCCUACCCCAUCACGUUCUUGUACCGUUAUACAGACCCUCGCCGAGAUUCGAUCCUCAACGCUUUUGCCGACGAGAAAAUACCUGUACAGUCGUCUAAUAGUCAAGAGAAGCACGGUAUAGACGACCAACUAUUCGAAGGGGACAUGGCACUUUUCGGCAUAUUCUCGGAUUUCUUCAUGGACACAGGCCCGGACGUUUGUGCUUCGACACCAGCAGCACCUGAGAGGCCUCACACGACACCUCAUCUCCAAUCCAGGAUCGAUGAACUUCGUUCCCAGCUCUUCACGUAUAGUCAAAUACGUCGCACAGCCAGCUUCAACCGAGACAGCCCCUUUUCGGUGCAGGCCGUCAGAGCGGUCUUCACAGCGGAAAACUUCGAGGCAUGUGCCUGGGCCUACUUCACCGUCUUCCACCCGCAGCAGCCGCUGAUUCAUUGGCCAACAUUCGAGAUGCACAGCGUCUCGUUACCCUUGUUGCUCGCGGUUGUUUUCGGUGGAUCGGUGCAUUGCGUUCCCACAGACGGUGCUCUAUCAUGCCGUUCUUUCUUUGAUCUAGGUGAAGACUUUAUCUUCGAACACUUACGUGACGUAGUAGCAAGCCCGGAUUCCGUUCUUGGUCGUCGCGCAUUGGAAGCAGUACAAGCUGCACUGCUUAUUGUGGCAUUGCAGAGUAGUUUCAACAAGGAAGCUACCCGCCGAAGAGUCCGAAUAUCCCGGCACCCCGAACUCAUCGCCGCAAUAAGAUCACUCAAGUUGCUGGAGCCAACAAACGCUAUGAGGACAAGUAGCAAAAUCCCUGAGUGGAAUACCUUUAUCGCCGAAGAGUCUAGAGUGAGAGCCGUAUACUUCAUGUUCGUCAUGAAUUGUAUGGAUACCUUCUUCUUCGGUCUGCUCCCCAAGAUAGCUAUUGCAGAAGUCUCUCAGACGCUCCCGUGCAAUGACGUGCUGUUUGAUGCGUCAACACCAGAAGAGUUUAGUAAACUGUGCACACAAUCAGCACGUCUUUCGAAUCAGAAACCCAGUAUAAAGCAAGUCAUCUCUUCGUUGAUGAGUGAGAGCUGGCCAAAUGAAGAGAGCAACCCUCUUCUCGACAUCCUCGAGCUACGACUUGUUAUGAUCUGCAUAUUUGCAUUGCACUCAAUCGUUUGCGUGUCUCGAGCGGCUCUCUUGAUCUCCUCGGCACAUUCCAACUUACUCCGUGCAUUGAAGCGCUGGAAAAAUUUAUGGGAUGCUAUACAUGCAAGACGUGAGGCCGAACAUAGGACGUCGCUAGGCUUUGUUAAACAUGGCUUGGAAAUGUGGUGGGUUACUUGUAAGGUCCUUGAACUGGCACAUGCCGGCGAUGUGCAGAGUCGCUAUAUGUCUCUCGGUCCGAAGGAUUCACUGGCUGAGCUGCAUGAUUUCUUGAAGCAAUAUGCAAAUUGUGUGGACGUGUAAUACGUGUCAGGAAAUUGAUGGGAUUCGAGACAUACUACAGGAUCAUAGGUGAGGAUGGCUCGCUAUCUCCUCUAUACAACCCUCUAUACAAACACCAGCGCACCAUCCCGGUUGCUAAUCCUCUCAUCCAGAUUAAUCUCCCUCAUCCUCCAGUGCCCCUGGUGUUCCAACUCACCCUCCAACCUCUGCCCCCCAUCCGCCAACCUCAUACCCCUAGCCGAACUUCCAAAGCCCCC